AUGUGGCCCAGAGAGGAGCCCGCGGACCGGUCCGUUGCAUGGGACUGGAGUUCCACGUUGGUUGCCGCCAAAAUAUUGUCCGAAAACGGGGUCGAAUACACCAUGCUUGGAGCGGCGGCUCUUUACUACCACAACAUUACCGAUGAGGGCGAAUCACUGCCAUUCUCCCCUUCCUGGCGAUACGCGAAGAAUCCAUCCACGCAGAACACCUUCGAAGUCGGCAUUCCCGAUGCGGACAUGGACAGGGCGGAGCGCCUCCUCUGCAGGGACGGCCUAUUCCAAAAAUCCGACGGCGGAAAUUUUGACACCAUGUACGAGGGGACAGGCACUUGUACCAAGCUGGAGUCGUGGUGGAACAGCUUCGCAAGAAUCAAGUUGUUUCUCCUUCCCAUGGGCAAGUACUGCGUCAUUGACCACCCUGUUUCUCCUGGAGAGCGUGUCAAGUACGGCCGGGACCUACUGGCGUUUCCGUCGCCUACGGGGCUGGUGCUUUCCUUGGUACACCGAGCCUUCUUCCACAAGGACCAGAUUGUCAAGCGUUGCCUCCACAGAAUGAAGCUUUCUGUCCUGGCCGACAAGGUCAGGAGUUUGCCCUCCACAUGGGACGAUGAACCAUGGCGUGCAGAGGCUCGGGAGUGGCUUGACAGGCGUGGCCUACUCGCCAAGGAAGAUGGAAAAAAGGUGGUACUGGCUGGCAAUGUUGACCAAGGUGGAAACGAGUCACUAUUUGCAAACCAGGGGCUAUUUGGAAACCAGGGGCUAUUUGGUAGAGUCUCCCCCUCCCCUGCCCGCCGUCGACAACAAGUUGAGACCCGCCACAGGAACCGCAGACCGUCACGAAAAUGGCAAAAAGAGAAAGGCCGAUACAGGAGGAGACGAUUACGAUGGAAGAUCCUAGGUGGCGGGUAG